AUGGUAGUCCUCGAAUCGGAGAGCGCUGCAUCUACGCAGAGGGCGCAAUUGCCUACAGGAAUCCGCUACUAUAUCGUUAGACCCGACAAAACUAUGGUGCCUCUUGUGCCUGCAGACCAACUUCCCUUCCAGCUGAACGGCAUCCCACGCCAGCUCAGCCACCAACAACUAUCGUCAGAGAAAUGGGAGUACUUCGCGGAUACCAACGAUCCGAAGACCAUCUUCUCCGUACGCGCGUGGGACGCCGAUACUGGGACGCAUAAAGCCCCUUCUCAUUCUCAUCGUGACAUCAGAGAAACCAGACCUGCACGUGAAACAACCGUUGAGCCAUCUACUCCACCUCGAACACAUGUGGCGCCCGAUCACAACGUCAGAAUGAAUGCCAACGACAAGAGAUCCACCCCGGAAGCAAAAGAGCAUCCGAGCUCACCCAGGUUUUCCCAGCUGGAGUCCCCAAGGCUGCCUGUUUCCUCCUCACGUCCAGUUGCGCGUGAGCCUGAGAAGUCCCCUACGUCUCUCACAGCCAGCAUCGCGAACGUGUACCGCAAGGAUGCGCAACGCUUGGGAUAUACUCCAGUCUUGCCACCUUCAGGGAUCAAACCUGACGCCUCAAAGAAGGAAUAUUGCACGCAUUGGAUUAGCCGUGGCGAGUGUGCCUUCAUGGCUCAGGGCUGCCUUUAUAAGCAUGAGAUGCCGUCACUCGAGAAACUGCGGGAGAUAGGUUUCAAGAAUGAGCCAAGAUGGUGGAAGGAGAAGAAUGCGAUCCAAUCGCGUGGACCGACUUGGAUGCAACGCCGCUUGCAACAUACAACCGAGGAUGAGAACGAUGUCGAAGAGGGUGAGGUCAUCCCAAAGCCUGGCCAGGAACAUGUUCAUGACCUAUUCAAGAGAAUCAAAAGCUCAUCCGAUCGUACUGUGAUGAAGCAACUGAAUCAGGAACGUACAAAAACAGCCUUGGAAGAGGAAGCCCGCCCUACCACCGUAUCCGCUGCGAGGGAACAGACGUCAAACGCUUCCGCCCCUCUCAUCGACUUUGAACCGCCCGUAAUCACUUCCAGUCGUCGAUCUUCGUGCAGUUCAUCUAGCGCUGGGCUGAGUACGGAUACAGAGCCGUCUUCUAGCGCUAGAUCGAGCGGCACUGGCCCCCGGGUCCGUCGGUCGGGAACGAGGGAGAAGUCUACGACAAUGGACCAGCGUUCGUCACUUCCACGGGAGAACUCCGAAGCAAAGUCCCAAACCACAAAAGUCGUCCCGUUUAAGCGUAGUGGCUCUACAGUGGGUUCAAAGUCAGUCCGUCCCCACACCUACCCGAACCAGACCGCCAGCGCUAAGCCAGCAACUAAAGGUGGGCUAGCCCUGUCAAAACACGCCGUACCAGCAAUCACAGAUACCCUUUCGGCAACUACUCGGACCCGUAUGGACGAAGAUGAAUCUUCAGCAGGAAUCCGGAAGCAACUCAACAAGCUCAAGCGCGAGCAUCAUGCGAACAUGAAGCAGCGCCAAAACGCUUCGGAACAGAAGUCUCUGAUUCCAGACUUGAUAUAAGUGUCAUUCCAUCAUGAAAUAUAUUUUUGUCGACAUACAAACAAGAGCGCGGUCGUAACAGGGAGUUGUGCGUCGGUCACUGCCACAUCGGAACUAAUCUCUCUCUCUACAUCGCUC